AGACAGACAGACCGGGAGCGCGCGCAGAACCGCCCUCCAAGACGCCAUUUCUCGGACGGUGUGGGGAGCUGAAGCAGCUUUUACACCAAUCCUGGGAAGGAACAGAAAACACAACAAACAGAUUUUUUGUUUUGUUUUAAUCAUCUUGGUCGUCUUGUCGCUUGGCACCAUUGAGCCUCAUAUAGGGAAGCGCCGCGCAAAGGACGGAAACUUUCUGUUGUGAGAUUAUUUCAGAAAUUCGUUGUGUGUGAAGACGUGUUGCGGGCCGCCAUUUUUGUUACAGCCUUCGAAGUCUGUUGGGAGUCUAAACAAGAGACCGAACUCUUUCGUACUUUGGUGUAUUAACGAAGAAGGACAAGUUGUUGGACGUGACCGCCAUAUGUCGUCUUGAGUCGUCAUGCGGAGCGAUUUAUUAAUAAAUUAUGGCGUUGUUUUCCUCAUCUUGAGCGGACGGUGAGUGAAAACGGCUAACGCUAGCUGGCUACCGCAUUAUAUUGUCUCAUAAGCUGCAGCUGCUUUCACGGAAGAGAGAGCGUAAAGGGGAACUUUAAUUCUAAACACGUAUUUUUGGGUUCUUUGCGAACUUUUGGGGUUGUUAAAACCUGUUCUUAGCCCGUCGUGAUUCUUGUGUUGCUGGAAAUUUAGCGAUGCGCCAAAGUUGGUUGACGCCAGUCGCAGCCUGUCUGGUCAAACGUCAGGUUGCGGUUCAGUAGGACUGUCGGAUCAAAAAGUGGUGGCUCGCUCGCAAGAAUAAGCGUUUGUUGUUUUAAUUUAUUGCUUAUUUCUGUUUUCUUUUUCGAAUAAAUCAACUACAGUUGUAUUUUAAGCAAACAUGUCGUCUGCACGGUUCGACUCCACGGACCGAGCCAGCUGGUAUUUCGGGCCGGUUUCGAGACAGGAGGCGCAGAAUAGGCUACAGGGACAGAGACACGGGAUGUUUUUGGUGCGAGAUUCGUCCACCUGUCCUGGUGAUUAUGUACUGUCAGUGUCCGAGAACUCCAAAGUUUCUCACUAUAUUAUCAACUCUUUACCAAACAAGAGAUUCAAGAUAGGCGACCAAGAGUUUGAUAAUCUACCUGGUCUUUUGGAGUUCUAUAAAAUACAUUAUCUGGAUACGACCACCCUGAUAGAGCCAGCACCAAGGUACCCCAGUACCCCUCUGCCCAGUGUUCCUAUUCAGCCAUCUGGGGGAUUCGGAGAUGAGAACCAGGAGUAUGUGCGGACUCUUUAUGACUUCACUGGUAGCGAUGCUGAAGACCUUCCUUUCAAGAAGGGUGAAAUCCUAAUUAUUCUAGAGAGGCCGGAGGAGCAGUGGUGGAGUGCCAAGAACAAAGAAGGCCGAGUAGGCAUGAUUCCUGUUCCCUACGUAGAAAAGCUGGUGAGGCCUUCGCCUCAUUCUGGUCAGCCUGGCCAUGGUUCACGCAAUUCCAAUAGCUAUGGCAUCCCUGAGCCAGCACACGCCUAUGCUCAGCCUCAGACUCCAUCACCCAUUACACCUGGCGCUGUCAUCAACCCACUGCCUUCUGUGCAGAAUGGGCCAGUAAUAGCGAAGGCGAUCCAGAAACGAGUGCCAUGUGCAUAUGAUAAGACCGCUUUAGCCCUAGAGGUGGGCGACAUUGUGAAAGUGACUAGGAUGAACAUCAACGGUCAGUGGGAAGGGGAGGUAAAUGGCCGGAGAGGGUUGUUCCCUUUCACCCAUGUGAAAAUAUUGGACCCCCAAAACCCAGAUGAGAGCGAAUGAUCUGGGCCAUGCGCUGUCAGCCCCCCGUCAGCUUGCCGGCUGCCCCAUCGAGUCACCACCGGUAUUACGCUUGCCUGCCUUGGGGCUCAGCUGUGGUGCAUUUCUCAAGCAAACCAUUUGCGUGGCUUUUGACUGUUUACAGCUCCGAAAUCAAACGGUUCUUAACCCCCCUCACCUGGUUGGUUACAGGAGAAUCAGUAUUUUUUUUUCUGCCCUUAAUAUUCUAUUAUUUCCACACAUCGGCCAUCUGUACCUGUGACAUGGUGAAAUGAGUCCUCAAACGUGACCUUUUUGCAACUCUCAUGCAGUUUUCUGUCAUUAACUUUAACUUUUGCUAGCUUAAAAAUAUGUUAAGAAAAUGAAAUUAUACCCUCUGGUUUAAUUGCCAACUGUUCACUUAAAAUUGAACUUAUUUUGUCUUUUGUUACAUUUUGUUACACAGAAUCCUAGUGAUACUGACCUUUGGUAAUAGCCAUGACUUGAAGAUAAAGGUAGUGUAUUGCAGAGGCAGGUUCUUAGUAGCAACAACUGCACCACUCCUGAUUGACCUUAGAAACAGACUCACCAUUUAAAGAAUUUUUUUCCUCAACUAGUUUGUGGGACUAGUCUACUGUAGCCUUUUUUAUUUGUGCCAUAAUAAUUUAUCUGUAAAUUGCAUUAGUAGUGUAGCUAGAUGGUUGUGGCUAGACUCUCGGGGGAUCUUUUGAAUGGUGAAGGGCUUGUCUGUGGAUCUUUUUGCAUCUGAUUGUGAUGCCUUCGAUGCGAGAUUGGGUCUGGGGAGAGUUAAAACGCACCUCAUCUUUUCCAUUGGACAAGCUGGAAAUGUUACCUGUGCAAUCAUGAGCUCAUCUCUAGUGGACUGAAUUUAAGUGUCUGAUUCUCUCAUUCAGUAAAGGUCUGGAUCUUGCGCCAUUUCUUGAUUGUUACUGUACAUCACAAGGUCUCUGCUUUAACUUUUGACGGUUUCUGCCCAAUUUUGACUCCUUAACCUUAUAUAAAAAUAAAAAAAACUGUAUUCAGUUUAUUUUAUUAGCCAGGUGUUGAAUCAAGCAUUUACUGUGUGUUGAAAUAAACUGGCAUUUUCUAAAAAGGGAUUUAAAAAGCCUGCUGGUGGCCUCUGUGCAUGACCUUCUGGCCAAGAGGGUUUUCCCUCUUAGGUUAAAUGCUGCUUCUUGUCAUGUCUUUUAUUUCUGUCUGUUGAUUUUCUUUGUUUUUCCUUUUUGAAAUGAAUUCACCUUUGUCCGGUUUACAUCCUUAGCAUCAAUUUAAGGCUAAUAGACCAACCCUAUCAACCUAUCUUAUAGCAGAGCUCCAAUAAUUUAAGUUCAAAUACUUAAGUUUUCCUUUUUUCCUGAGGCUUUAACAGUAUUACUGUUUAUUGUUUCACAUUACAGAAUAUCCAUGUGGUCUCAUUUGUUUAAUGAAAAAUUGUGCCUUUUAUUUUCUUACAUUUACAUGUUAAUAAUAUUUCCCAUGGUUAACACCCGUGCUGGUCUUACCCAUUAUGUACAGAACGAGUAAAUAAAAUUUAUGUCGUCUACUCUG